AUGUCAAGUGUUUUAGUUGAUACAAGUAUUUUAACUUGUAAUAAUUUAAAUAAUAUUGAAAAUGAAGAAAAACAAUUUACAAAUGUUGAAAUAGAUAAUAAUAAUAAUAUAGAUUAUAUUAAUAAUAUGAAUGCCGUUGGCAAUGGAAGUGGAAUUCCAACUCGUACCACCAUUAGUGCUGAGCAAAUGGAUAUGUUUUUUACUCAUGGCAAUAUCAGUUCUCUGGCAAUGAUGGAUAAGGGUGGUCAUUUCCUCUAUGAGAAUCAAUUCUCGAUUGAACCGGACCAGAUUCUCUUGGUGAAGCAACUCUUUCAGAAUAUGAAACUGACCUCUAUCAUUGGUAAGCAGCUGCGUAUCAAUGGAACCAACUACUAUGUCGUAGCCAAAUCGAAGAAUUCCAUUAUGUUCACCACGCAAUUCGAUGGACUACGUGUUGCCCGAUCGAAACAACGUGAACCAACCUUAAUUGAACUAUUCACCGAGUGUCUCGAUUCAUUUAAAAUCCUAUCAAAAAGUGUGAAUAACGUUAGAAAGAAUUUAGAAGAUUAUAAUAUAAUUAAAAAUAGUAACAACAAUAAUGAAGAAUCAACAUCAACCUCUCCAACUACAACUAAUAAUAAUAUUGCUGUUUCACCAACGGAAUCAUGUAUUUCAACAACAAGUAGUGAUAAUAAUAGCAUGAAUUCAUUGAAUUGUAAUACCAAAGAGAAAGAAGGUCUUUUACAUGAAAAGGUUGGAUGUAUGAUUAUUGCAAAGUGUAUCGGUACUUUUGUGUUUGGUAUCAAUCAGAAUAUCGGUGAUCGUCAUGAGAGUACUCAUUAUCGUCAGAUAUCAGAGACCUUUGAACUGAUCGCUAAUCUCGCCGAAGACAUCAGAUACGCUUCGGAAUCAAACAGAGGUCUCUACCUAGAUCUCAGUCUCGAAGAUGAAUAUCCAACAGAGGCAUCGGCAUUCAUCAAUGAUCUUAGUUUUAAUCAACAAAACACAACUACAACAGUCAACAACAAUAACAAUAACAACAAUAAUAACAAUAAUUUAACAACAGCAACAACAAAUAAUAUUUAA